UGCCGAUCGAGCUAAAUAUCAUAUUCAUUUACAUUUAGAGAAAAAAGCGCCAAUGUCGACAGGUACGCUAGAGGUUGAGCGCAUUCUGCAGCAGGAGGCGACGCAGCUGGCCCGGCAGCGCGAAGUAGAGCGGGUUCUGGCCCAAAGCCUGCUUGACCCCUUUGCCAUCCUGCAAGUGCCGCGCACAUGCACGCCCAGCGACAUCAAAGCCGCCUACCGCAACAAGUCCCGACUAAUCCACCCGGACAAAACCGCCCACGAGCACGCCCGCGACGCAUUCGAGCGGCUGAAAAAGGCCGAGUCUGAGCUGAUGGACGACGAAAAGCGCAAAUCCAUCCUGACCAUGAUCAACGAGGCCAGGCGCGAGCUCACAGCCGAAUGGCAGGCGGAAGUGAUGAGUGGAAAGAGGGCCGAAGAGGAUGCAAGGAUGGAGGGGGACGCGUUUGAGCUUGCCGUGCUGGAAAAGUACAAGAAGAUCAUGGUGGAGAUUGAGUGGAGGCGGAGGCAGAAGCUUAAGCAGGAGAUGGCUGCUGAGGGCGCCGCUACGAAGAAGGAAGAGGAGAGGGCGGAGGAGAGGCGCAGGAAGCGGGAUGCUGAGAAGGCGUGGGAGGAUAGCCGCGACGACCGCGUUAGUAGCUGGCGGAGCUUCCAGACAGGCUCUGGCGUGUCGAAGAAGGGCAAAAAGAAGGACCCGGUGGGCAAAAAGGCCAAGCUGGCCAUGGCUGCUGCCGCUGCCAAGUCGCAGACGCAAGCCCAGUAGAUCUGUUUUGCGACAUGCCAGCACUAGCUGUUUUUUAUUUGAGCUGAUUGCCAGCAAGUCUAACAGCAGAUUGAUUCCCAAGGGUGAUCUCAAAAUGAGCGAUGACGUUUUAACAAAGUGCUGUGCAGCUUUUUCGAGGGGGUUUCCUUCUCAGUUCAAU